CUGCUGCGUGUGUGUACUGUGUUAGUGAUAUUGCGUUUCGGUGUUGUGCUUUUAAUUUCGCAUUAUAAUAUUUAAAUAAACGACGAAUAUGCCGAAAUCUAUACCUGAAAGGUGGUUGGAAUAUAAACCUUAUGGUACAGUGAUCAGUGGUACAAAAAUUCUACCGUUCAAAGUGCCAUUGAAAGAGGCAGUGAGUAACAAUUUAGAACCGGAGAAACGGUUUACAACUUCGGUACUGCUUCAAGCGUUUCCACGUUUAAAGUGUAUUAUCGAUUUGACAAACACGAGUCGCUACUAUGACGAAAAGGAAUUCAUAAAUUCUGGUGUUAAAUAUGAAAAAAUUAUGGUUCGUGGGCGGGAAGUUCCCUCCAUGGAUGUAGUAAACAGAUUCUUUAAAACGAUGGAUGAUUUUACGUCAGCUUGUGGCGAAGAUGACAUUGUAGGGGUUCAUUGCACUCACGGUGUAAAUCGUUCCGGAUACCUAAUUUGUAGGUAUCUCGUACAGCAAUUAGGUUGGGAACUGGAGAAUUGUUUAAAAGCGUUCGAAACGGCCCGUGGAUAUCCCAUCGAUCGUAAAAUCUAUAUAAACGCGUUGCAGAAAGUACCGCGCGAGAAAAUCGACACGAGUAAAAUCAGCGUGAAUUCGAGGGGAACAUCAGGAUCGGAGGCGCCGAGUAGAAGAGCGAUGCGCGUUUCGUUCAAGUAUCCAGGGAGCAACCCGUACACGAUGGGACCGCCAGGCUUCGGAGCUACGAGACGCGGUUUCGCGAAAGACGGUCCAUUUUCACCGGCGCAUUUCGGUUAUGCCGGCCCUCCGCCAGGUUUCCGUCCUAUGCCACCUCCGCCCGGCAUGCCACCGGUACCACCGCCACCAGUUCCUCCACCUAUGUACGGGCCGAGGCCGUUCAGGUACGGACCACCACCGCGACCAGCCAUGCGUCCACCGCCACCUAGACCAGGAUUCCCUAUUCCAGGUUUUCCGCCACCACCACCACCACCACCACCACCACCACCACCACCACCACCACCCUGUCCGUCCAGAACGCCCGCCGGUAUCUUACCCCACGCUCCAUCCGCUCGGUUACCACCGCCAAAAAUGCCUCCGCCUCCUCCCCCGCAAUCCGCCCCGACAAGACCAAUCCUCUUUAAACGAUUGCAACCGCAAAAGAGAAAAUCCCAUCUUCGAAACGGCAUUCUCACCUCGGCUAGAAACCCUGUCGAUUUAAUGAGGCAGAACAGCCAGACGAGUAGGAUAUUGCCUAAAUUGAUCAAAGAGCAGGAUUUCACGGUAGAUACGUUCGAGGAGAAUUUACUCGCCGUCUCGAGCCAAUCGAACAGGCGGUCGACCAAAGGAAGAUACAAUCAGACCAAGUGACGACGUGCCAUUUAGGAAGCGUGAUUAUUUACUUAAACGCGUGCGAACACAACAACAUCUCGCGUCCUUCUCUCGCCGAGUUUUAUUCGUCAGUUUCGUUCCCCUCGCCGUUCUCUCGUGGCAGGGAAACCCACGAGUCGCGAUGAAAUGAGAACAACGGAACCAAUUCCUACGAUUAUGGACGAUUUUUCCGACUUCCGGGCGAUCGGGGGAGAAACGUCGAAAUAAAAAAAAUGUAACAAAAAAAAAAAAA